UUAAUGCAAAACUGCUCAUCCAAGAAUGAACAUCCAAAUUACAUUUUUAGUGAUCCUCCUCACAUUGCCUUUUAUUUCCUGCAAUAAUAAACGGGUAAAAAGGAUUGUAGGAGGAAAUCCGGCUAAUGUACCACCUGAAGAUGACCCAGUUGCGUUUGUAACCCAUGCAAGAAGAUCAGCAACCAUUCGGGGUGUUUUAGAAUAUCCCCAUUAUGCUUUUAGAGGUAUACGAUAUGCUCACCCACCCACAGGACGUGAUAGAUUUCAGAGACCAAGAACUUAUUAUCUCGAAGGGGUUUACAAUGCCACAAUAUAUCCUCCAGCUUGUCUUCAGCCUGCCCCUACCACUGGACGAAUAGUUGGAAGUGAAGAUUGUUUGUUCCUUAAUGUUUAUACUCCUAUGUUACCGGAAGGACAAGAAGGAUUACCUGUUUUGGUUUGGAUUCAUCCUGGAGGGUUUAGAUUUGGCUCCGCCUCUCAAUUUGGUGUGAGGUAUCUACUUAGAAAUGAUAUUAUCGUAGUUUCGAUUCAGUAUCGAUUAGGUUCUUUGGGAUUUUUAAGUACAGGAACGGCUGAAUUACCUGGAAAUGCAGGUCUUUUCGAUAUGGUGUCAGCAAUUGAAUGGACUCGACGUUAUAUUGGGUUCUUUGGUGGAAAUCCUCAUCGAGUUACCAUUAUGGGACAUGGAUCUGGAGCUAGUAGUGCUUUAUUAGUAGCCUUAUCAAAUGUAGCAAGAGGGCACAUAAGUGGAAUUAUAGCGAUGUCGGGAUCAGCAAUAUCAUCUUGGGCUAUUGAUAACACACCCGCUAAAACGGCUAAGGAAGUUGCUGAAUACCAAGGAUGUCCAUCGCAAAAUACUUUAACAAUGAUAAGAUGUCUCCAAAAUGUUGGCCCGGAAACUUUAAUAAAGGGUGAUUCUGAAAUAGAAAAAACAAGAUUUGCAUCUCGUGGUUUCAUAUCAGGCAUGUCUGGUCUUCUCAGUGCAUCUCCAGUUACCGAAGGUGCCAAUGAUUAUAGAUCUUUACCAUCAGCAGUUCAAUAUCAACCGAUAAAUGAUUUAACCAAUGGAAAUUCUCCUCAAAUUCCUCUACUAACCGGAAUAACUAAAGAUGAAACAAAACGUGCUGUUGAAAAUCGAUACAAAAACGAAGCUAUAAACGAUAUAAAAUCUAUUCCGAAGUUUAUGGAACAACAUUUGGUUCCCACUUUACAAGGUUUAAUCGGUUUGGGAAAUACAACCAAUAAAAAAGAUAAAGGAUUUUGGAAAAUUGUGGACCCGUUAAAUUUUCGCGGUUAUUUGAAAAUAAAUCAAGAUAAUAUUUUGGGAAGUUUAUCUGCUAUUUCAGAAGCGACAAGUGAUGCGCUUUUUAGUUUACCGGCAUUUUUAACCGCUGAUUUGUGGUCAAAAACGAACACUUCAACCUUUCUAUAUCGAUUCAAUCACGUUGGAAAAGCUAGAAAGGGAUAUAAAAUUUUAGAAGGAAGUAAACUUGUUGAUAGUGAUUCAAAAUCGAUUUCGAAUAACACAUAUUGUAGCCACGGUGAUGAUUUAUCAUACCUUUUUGAACCAAAAAAUUUAGAUGGUACUGAUUUUGAAGAGCCGGAAGUUAUGGACGAUGAAGAUAAAAAAGUUAGGGAUAUUUACACGAAAAUGAUUGCUGAUUUUGUUCGAAAUGGAAAACUUCAAGUUCAAAAUAAAUUAAUACCAAGCUUUACAAGUUUACAAAGUAAUUUCGUUGAAAUAAGUUCCAAUCCGACAAUUGAAAAAGAUUUUCGUUUUUGCGAAAUGGCACUUUGGGCAGGUUUAGCAGAAAGAUUACAAAGCACAACUUGUCAAUAUUUAAAUCAGAUCGGCAACAUUAAAAAAUAUUUUGAAAGCGGAAUAAAUUCAACAAUAAACAAAAUGGAUAUUGGAAAAAACGUCAACAAAUUAAUGAGUGGAUUUAUUGGUUAAAAUAUAAGGAAAAAAAAAUUAUUUCUUGUAAUUUGUUAAUUUAAAAAUAAUAUAUGUAUUGAAAGUGAAUGCUUACAUAUAACACAAAUUUAAUAAAUAAAAUUAAUUGCUUGCUA